GCCAAUGAUUGUAUCAGUGAACUACAAGAUACAGAAACACACAUCGGGGACCCCUCAUCAUCUCCGCAGCUUCUCAACUUCUUCAGGUGAUGGAGAUAUUUUUUGGAAAACCAGAACCGUUUAUGGUUCCAACUCCCAAAUGUUUGUAAUUAGUACUUUUGCUGAAGGCAGAAGUACUCUGUUCUUACUUCUUACAUCUCUGUGUUUCCCUCAUUGAGAAUUUCGCUUUUCCUGAAAGAAUAGCUUUUGCUAAUUCUGUGGGACAGUUCUUGGCUGAAUUGGCUAGUGCAGAUAAGUCUUCGUCAACGUCAACGUCAACGGAAGAAAGGAAUCUAAAGUUUCUCCUUUCUCUCUCACUAUGUAUUUCUGAUUUACUUCACUUUACUUUCCCAUUGAGUCUUUCUUUUCUCUAUCGUCUCCCAUGGCGGCUUCUUCUUCUUCUGGUAGCCGGAGAUACGACGUUUUCCCAAGCUUUCGUGGAGAAGAUGUCCGUGACUCAUUCCUCAGCCAUCUCCUCAAGGAGCUCAAACGCAAAACAAUCACAUUCAUAGAUGAUGAGAUCGAGAGAAGCCGCCCAAUCGGCUCUGAGCUUUUAUCGGCAAUAAAACAAUCUAGGAUCGCUAUCGUCGUCUUCUCUGAGAACUAUGCUUCGUCCACCUGGUGCCUGAAUGAAUUGGUUGAGAUUCACAAGUGUUACUUGGAGUUGGAUCUAAUGGUGAUUCCGAUCUUCUUCCACGUUGAUCCUUCCGAAGUUAGAAAACAGACCGGUGAAUUCGGCAAAGCCUUUCAUAAAACCUGCGAGGGCAAAUCAGAUGAUGAGAUACAAAGUUGGAAGCUAGCUCUAGCUGAUGUUGCAAGUAUGGCUGGAGAGGAUCUUCGGAACUGGCCUAAUGAAGCAGCCAUGAUUGAAAAGGUAACACACGAUGUUUUGAAAAAGAGUAUGACACCAUCUGAUGAUUUUGGCGAAUUCGUGGGGAUUGAAGCUCAUUUAGAGGAAUUGAAUUCAAUGUUGUGCUUGGAAUCUGAGGAAGCUAGAGUGGUUGGGAUUUUAGGAACUUCAGGGAUUGGUAAGACUACUAUUGCAAGAGCUCUAUACAAUCAACUCUCUAGCCACUUCCAUCUUCGGGCUUUUGAAGCUUGUAGGAGAACCAUCGGAGAUGACUAUAGCCAGAAGUUGUAUUGGGAAGAACAACUUCUGUCAAAGAUAUUAGGUGAAAAGGACUUGAAGAUAGAGAAGGUAGGUGUGGUGAAAGAAAGGUUAAAGGAGAAGAAAGUUCUUAUAGUUCUUGAUGAUGUUGAUGAUCUAGAGCUACUAAAAACAUUGGUUGGACAAACUGGAUGGUUCGGAUCCGGGAGCAGAGUUAUUGUUAUUACUCAAGAUAGGCGAAUUCUUGAGGCUCAUAAUAUUGAACUUAUACAUGAGGUGGAGUUCCCAUCUGAACUUCUUGCUCUUGAGAUAUUUUGCCGGUCUGCUUUUGCGCAAGACUCUCCACCCGAUGGUUUUGUGGAACUCGCAGUUGAAGUGGCGGAGCUUGCCGGUAAUCUUCCUUUAGGUCUCAGUGUCCUUGGUUCGUCUUUAAAAGGAAGGGACAAAGAUGAGUGGAUGAUGAUGCUUCCUCUGCUUCGAAAUGGUUUGGAUGGGAAAAUUGAGAAAACGUUAAGAGUCAGCUACGAUAGGUUGGAUAGAAAAGAGCGAGACUUGUUUCUUCACAUUGCAUGUUUAUUCAAUGGAGACGAAGUCCGUUUAAUCAGUGACUUGCUCAGAGAUAAUGCUGACAUUAGGCUUACAAUGUUGGCUAAAAAGUCCCUCAUACGUAUAACAACACAGCCAGAAACUGUAGUGAUGCAUAAUUUGCUACAGAAGUUGGGUAGAGAAAUUGUCCGUGCGGAGUCUGACAGUCCUGAGAGACGUCGAUUUCUGGUUGAUAUUGAAGAUAUCCGAGAUGUACUAGUCGAUAACGAUGAUGAUACGGGGAUGCAAACUGUGCUUGGGAUAUAUCUCGACGCAUCAUAUACACCAGAAUCAUUUUCAAUAAAUGAUCAAUCGUUCGAAUGUGUGCGCAGUCUCCAGUUUCUAAUAGUUUCUGAUCAUCGCCUGUGGGCAGAAAAAAGAGAAGGCAAAUGGCUAAUACCUAUGGAUAUGCGUGUAUAUGAAGAUGGACGAAUUUGUUAUACCGGUGAUCACGAUCUCAAAUGGCUACAGUUGGGGACUAGGGGCAGAUUGGAUCUACCUACAAGACUCGAUUAUUUGCCCCCUAAACUCAAAUUGCUAAGGUGGAAUAACUGUCCACUGAAUUGUUUGCCUAAUAGUUUUAAGGCUGCGUAUCUGGUUGAACUCACAUUGGAGAACAGUAACCUUGAGAAGCUGUGGGAAGAAACUCCGCAACUUGGAAGGCUCAAGAGGAUGAAUCUGCAUGGUUCUAAAAAUUUGAAAGAAAUUCCAGAUCUUUCUAAUGCCAUAAAUCUCGAGAAACUAAUUCUUAUUGAAUGCUCUUCGUUGGUGACACUUCCUUCUUCGAUUCAGAAUGUAACUAAACUAAGUCACUUAUAUAUGAUGGGGAUAUUUUUCAAACCGUUACAACUCAGAAAGCCAUUUGUUUCACUAGAUGAAAACUCGUUCAAAGGCAUGCUUAAUCUCCAAUUUCUAAAAAUUCAAGAUCAUUCCUGGUGGCAACCGAAUGGAACCAAAUUAGAUCUACCUAACGGUCUCGUUUACUUGCCUCGAAAACUCAAAUGGCUAGAAUGGAAUACUCGUCCAUUGAAGUGUUUGCCUUCUAAUUUUAAGGCGGAGUAUCUGGUUGAACUCACAAUGAAGUGUAGUAAGCUUGAGAAGUCGUGGGAAGGUGCUCAGCCACUUGGGAAUCUCAAGAGGAUGAUUAUGGAUGGUUCCAAAUAUUUGAAAGAAAUUCCAGAUCUUUCUUAUGCCAGAAACCUCGAGGAAUUAUAUCUUUUUGAAUGCACUUCUUUGGUGACACUUACUUCCUCAAUUCAGAAUGCCAUUAAACUGAGGAAGUUAGAUAUGAGGGGUUGCACAAAGCUAGAGAGUUUUCCAACUCAUCUCAACUUGGAAUCUCUCGAAUACCUCGAUCUCACUGGAUGCCACAAUUUGAGAAAAUUCCCUCUAAUUAUAAUGGAAAAGUCAGCCUCUUCGCCAUAUGGAAUGAAGAUUGAAGUUGAAGAUUGUUUCUGGAACAAGAAUCUCCCUCCACUGGAUUAUCUCGACUGCCUUAUGAGAUGUAUGCCUUGUGAAUUUCGCCCAGAAUAUCUCGUUCGUCUUAUAGUGAGAGGCAACAAAAUGCUGGAGAAGCUAUGGGAAGGCGUCCAGUCGCUUGGAAGUCUCGUGAAGAUGGAUCUGUCAGAAUGUGAAAACCUAACAGAAGUUCCAGAUCUUUCAAAGGCCACCAAUCUGGAGAGUUUGAAACUCAAUAAUUGCAAAAGUUUGGUGAUGUUACCUUCUACAAUUGGGAAUCUCCAAAAUUUGGAGCAUUUGGGUCUCAGUGGAUGCAAAAGUUUGGUGAUGUUACCGUGUUCUGUUAACUUGUCAUGUCUUGGAAGCCUCUGUCUCAAUGGUUGCUCAAGUUUGACAAGUUUUCCUCUCAUUUCAAGUAGUAUCUACAUGCUCCAUCUAGAAAACACCGCCAUUGAAGAAGUUCCCAACUGCAUUGAAAAUUUCUCGAGGCUCGUUGAACUAACGAUGAGUGGUUGCAAGAGGUUGAAAAAUGUCUCCCCAAACAUUUUUGGACUGUCAAGUCUAAAGAAGCUCGACUUUACAGACUGUGGAGAUUUCGUCACGGCACUGCGUGAUGCCACUGUGAUGGGAACAUUGGAAGAUCACUUUUCUUGUAUACCAACUGAUGGCAAAUAUUGUAAGUUCUUGAAUUGCUUCAAACUGGAUGUAGAUGCGCGAGAACUCAUCCUACGAUCAUACUUCAAGCCUACGGUCUUACUAGGUGGACAAGUACCUAAGCAUUUCACGCAUCGUGCUUAUGGAAAUUCCCUAUCUGUCACUUUACCUCAUAGCUCUCUCUCUCAAGAUUUCUUGCGAUUCAAGGCUUGCGUCGUGGUUGACUUUCGAACCGCGGUCGAGGAUCGGGACUCAUGUUUGCUGGUAAACGCUGUCUUCAACGGCAGAAAGUAUUGGCAAUCAUUUUUCAAAGGGGCAGACCUGAACUGGGGUAACACGGAUCAUCUGUUAGUUUGUUCCUUCAAGUUCCAUCCUAUGGAUCUUCCAUCUAGCUUGGUUUUCAACGAUGUGGAGUUUAAGUUUUCUUGCUCCUAUAGAAUAAAAGAGUGCGGUGUACGACUCUUGAAUGUCUAUCCAUCUCCAGAUGGUGCUGCUACAAGCUCUGAAACAAAGGAGUACAACCAACAGUCUAGAGGAAAAGGUGACGUUGUAGUAGAGACUAGGAGAAGCAAGAAGCGGCGGACGCGGGUAAGCCUUUUUGCCAUAACUAGAACAGAGUAUUUUAAAUUCCAGGAUCAAAAUAACCAUAGACUGCUUAACAGAAUCGAUCCUUUGAAUUUAUUAUGCAGAUGACAUCUGAAGAAUAUA